AUGUCACUCAUAGAUUUAGAUGUUGGAGUAGCAAAUUUAAAAGGGGAUCGUGAAGAGCAACUGGAUAGAUUUGAUGUUAGAAAUCAUUAUUUUCAUGAUCAAGGAUAUUCGUUAUUUAUCAUUUAUGAUGGACAUGGAGAUAUGAAUUUUUCAAAGCACGCCAAAGAAAAUUUAGCGGAUUUAAUUGUAAAUGACUAUGAAUUUAAAAAUAAAAACUACGAAAAAGCUUUUGUUAACGGAUUUAAACAGGAAGAUUAUUUAUUAAGAUUAACAUUUGGUACCCAAAAACAAGGUGGAACUACCGCUACUGCCGCGUUAUUUUUAAGGAAUUCCGAUACUUUUUAUAUAGCUAAUGUUGGUGAUAGUUCUGCUGUACUUGGUACUAGACCCGGUCGUAAUCCCGAAGCUAUACCAGUCAGCACUGACGAUAAAACAGAUGACAAAGUAGAACUUGAGAGACUUGCUAAAGCGCACGCAAACGUUAGAAGGGGAAGACUCCUUCGUCAAGGUCAUUCCGUUAAUAUGACUAGAGGUUCGCUGUUUAUCUUGGAUGUAUUUUACAAAAAUUUACAAAAAUUACCUCUAGGAGAUUUUGAUUUCAAAGCUCCAUCUACACCAACUGGUCAAGAUUGGAUUACUCCGGUUCCUCAUACGUAUAAAAUCGAUCUUAUUCCUCACGAAGAUGAAUUCCUGGUGAUUGCUUCAGACGGGUUGUGGAAUGUUUAUGAUGAGCAAACUGUUGUUGAAGCUAUUACAGAUGGGCUUGAUAAAGGAUAUGAUGUCCACCAAUUAUCUAAUGCAUUAGCCGCAACUGCUAUAAAUCAUUCUAAACCGAGCGAUAAUGUUACUGUUAUGUUGAUAUUUUUCGUUUGGGAUAACAAUUCACCACCUGAAUAA